AUGAGAGAGGGUGGUCUAAAGUCCCCUAAAGAGACCAGAGAAGGUGGUCUACAGUCUCCUAUAGAGAUGAGAGAGGGUGGUCUAAAGUCCCCUAAAGAGACCAGAGAAGGUGGUCUACAGUCUCCUACAGAGAUGAGAGAGGGUGGUCUAAAGUCCCCUAAAGAGACCAGAGAAGGUGGUCUACAGUCUCCUAUAGAGAUGAGAGAGGCUGGUCUAAAGUCCCCUAAAGAGACCAGAGAAGGUGGUCUACAGUCUCCUAUAGAGAUGAGAGAGGCUGGUCUAAAGUCCCCUAAAGAGACCAGAGAAGGUGGUCUACAGUCUCCUAUAGAGAUGAGAGAGGGUGGUCUAAAGUCCCCUAAAGAGACCAGAGAAGGUGGUCUACAGUCUCCUACAGAGAUGAGAGAGGGUGGUCUAAAGUCCCCUAAAGAGACCAGAGAAGGUGGUCUACAGUCUCCUACAGAGAUGAGAGAGGGUGGUCUAAAGUCCCCUAAAGAGACCAGAGAAGGUGGUCUACAGUCUCCUACAGAGAUGAGAGAGUGUGGUCUUUAA